AUGGAAAAAUUACUUCAGUGGGCAGUAGACAAUAGUAACAAGAAUUCAUUAUCUGAACAAGCAGAAGCUAUUCGUAAAGGAGAAGCCAAAAUAGAUCCUUCCAAAUAUGACCCAAGAAUACUUGAAGCCAUCUUGGGUCCAGACGACGCAACUCGAAUGAAAGAUGCUGUUGCAUGUAUUAGUAAUCCUGAAGAAACCGUUGAAAAUAAGGAAAUCGCCUUGGACAACUUGGAAUUGCUUAUCGAAGGUAUCGAUAACGCCUGCAACCUUGAAAAUAUGAAACUAUGGCCUGCAGUCAUUGAACAACUGAGUGCAAAGGAACCUCAAGUACGUAAGGGCACUGCCUGGGUCUGCGGCACGGCUGUUCAAAACAACCCCAAGGCACAAAAGGCCUUCUUAUCUCACGGGGGACUUGAACCUCUCUUGCGUUUACUUGACACAGAUCAAGAUAAUGAGGUCCGUAGCAAGGCACUGUAUGCCAUCUCUGGCCUCCUCAAGCACAACGCCGAGGCUCUGGCUGCCUUUGAACCCCUCGAUGGCUUCAAUGUCCUUCGUCGUAUCCUUCAUCACGAAAACCCAACAAUGGUGCGCAAGGUUAUCUUUUUGUACAAUAGUUUGAUGAUUGACAAUGAGAGCCUAGCCGCACGCUUGGUUCAUGACCAUACCUUGGAAGAUCUCGAAGGUAUCUUGAAGACGUAUACGACAGAACGCGACGAUGAGGAUAUGGUCGAAAAGACACUACGAACGAUCCAUACAAUGAUUCAAAAGAGCCAAAAGACACCAUCGGACGAAUUAAGAAAGACGUGUCAGGCAGCAAAAGACAAGUAUGGUGCAGAUAAUUUGAACCUUGUUGAAUCUGAGUGGAAGGAUUUACUGUAA